AUGAUGGACCCCAAUGGAAUCUUUUCUCCUAUCGCUACUUCUGGUUUGCUAGGAGUAGUUGAUAAUAAUAUCCCUUUACAGCAGCAGCAACAACAACAACAAAAUCUCCCUAUUCAACAACAAAAUCCCCACCAUUUGCACCUUUCCCAAGCUGUUUCCUAUGCUCCCCUUCCUCAUGACACUGACACACAUCAUCAACAACAACAAUUGCAUCAAUCAAUGAAACUUGGGUACCCUCCUUUAUCUUCAUCCAGGAACAAACAGCAGCAGCAGGGUUCUCAGGUUAGUGAUGAGAUUGAGGAUGAGCCAAAUUUUCAAGGUGAUGAGACCUCUGGUGGUGACCCAAAGAGGAAAUUUUCACCGUGGCAAAGAAUGAAAUGGACUGAUACAAUGGUAAGGCUUUUGAUAAUGGCUGUUUAUUACAUUGGUGAUGAAGGUGGUUCUGAAGGGACUGAUCCAAUGGGUAAUAAGAAGAAAUCAAGUGGGUUGUUACAGAAGAAAGGGAAAUGGAAAUCUGUUUCAAGGGCUAUGAUGGAAAAAGGGUUUUAUGUGUCACCUCAACAAUGUGAAGAUAAGUUCAAUGAUUUGAAUAAAAGGUACAAAAGAGUGAAUGAUAUUCUUGGAAAAGGGACAGCUUGUAGGGUUGUUGAGAAUCAGAAUUUGUUGGAUUCAAUGGAUUUGACACCUAAGAUGAAAGAUGAAGUUAGGAAAUUGCUGAAUUCUAAGCAUCUUUUCUUUAGGGAAAUGUGUGCUUAUCAUAAUAGCUGUGGUCACGCUGGUGGUGGUUCUAAUGUUCAACUUCAAGUAGAAGGUGGAAGUGGAGCAACAACACCUCAGAAUCAACCUCAACAACAUCAACAGCAGCCGCAACAACAGCAGCAGCAACAACAACAGUGUUUUCAUUCAACAGAAAACGGUGUUGGGAGUUUGAGUGGUUCGGGUUUGAGGAUAUUGAAAAUAGGAAGUGGAGAAGUUGAAGAGGAGGAGGAUGAAGAUGAAGAUGAAGAAUCAGAGGACUAUUCUGAUGAAGAUGAAGAUGAAUCAGGAGAAGGUGGUUCAAAGUGUCAACAAGAUGAAGAUGAGAAUGACGGAAAACCAUCAAAGAAAAGGCGAAGAAAAGAAGGAGGAUUUCCCAUUUCUAUGUCAUCCUCAUCAUUACCAUUGAUGAAUCAAAUGAACAAUGAAAUAAGUGGUGUGUUUCAAGAUGGUGGGAAGAGUCCAUGGGAGAAAAAACAAUGGAUAAGAAACAAAAUUUUGCAGUUAGAGGAACAGAAAAUAAGCUAUGAAUCACAAGCUUUUGAGUUGGAAAAACAAAGAUUGAAAUGGGCAAGGUAUAGUAGCAAGAAAGAGAGGGAAAUGAAGAGAGCAAAACUUGAAAAUGAAAGGAGGAGAUUAGAAAAUGAAAGAAUGGUUUUGCUUAUUAGGAAAAAAGAGAUUGAAUUGAUGAAUAUUCAGCAGCAACAACAUCAACAACAACAACAUUCUUCUACUUAG